CUGAAGCUUGAGAACGUUGCCUUUCUCCCGUCCAUCCCUCACCACGGCCUGGUGACCUACCGUGCGCAGGCCACGCGCAUGCGCCGCACGGCGCGUUCCACGCUCGACUCGGACACCAUCCUGCUGCCGAGUGACGGUGAGGAGCUGCAGAACCAG